UCCUAAGCAUGGAUCUCUCCAGAUCGCCUUUGCUCCAAAACAAGUUUUCGAUCGCUCGCCUGGCGGAGGAGUUCUUCUGGAUUGGUGGGAGCAUUGUAACCACUCCCAAGUGGAAAAUGGGACAGCUAGUGGAAAAAUGCAUGAGCUCCAUGCAAACUGGGACUCAGAUGAUCAAACUCCGAGGCAGCUCCAAAGGUCUUGUCCGUUUCUACUACCUGGAUGAGCACAAGUCGUGCAUUCGCUGGAGACCCUCGCGAAAGAACGAGAAAGCCAAAAUCUCCAUCGAUUCGAUCCAGGAGGUGUGCGAGGGGAAACAGUCCGAGAUCUUCCAGCGCUACGCCGAUGGCAGCUUUGACCCCAAUUGCUGCUUCAGCAUCUACUAUGGAGACCACAUGGAAUCGCUUGACCUGGUGUCAUCCAGCGGGGAGGAGGCUCGGACCUGGAUCACCGGUCUCAAGUACUUGAUGGCUGGGAUUAGUGACGAAGACAGCCUGUCGAAACGGCAGAGGACCAGAGACCAGUGGUUGAAGCAAACCUUUGACGAAGCGGAUAAAAAUGGCGACGGUAGCCUGAGCAUUAAUGAGGUACUCCAGCUGAUGCAUAAAUUGAACGUCAACCUACCCCGGCAGAAAGUCAAGCAGAUGUUCAAGGAGGCAGAUACGGAUGACAACCAGGGGACUCUGGACUUUGAAGAGUUCUGCGCCUUCUACAAGAUGAUGUCAACCCGGCGUGACUUGUACCUGCUCAUGCUCACCUAUAGCAACCACAAGGACUACCUGGAUGUGGAUGACUUGAAACGCUUCCUUGACACAGAGCAAAAGAUGAUUAAUGUAACCAAGGAUCAUUGCCUGGAAAUUAUCAAUCACUUUGAACCAUGUCCAGAGAACAAGGAACAAGGAGCUCUUGGGAUUGACGGAUUCACCAACUACAUGCGCAGCCCAGCUGGGGACAUUUUCAACCCAGAACACUACCAAAUCAACCAAGACAUGACUCGCCCUUUGAGCAACUACUUCAUCACCUCUUCUCAUAACACCUACCUCAUGGGCGACCAGCUGAUGUCUCAGUCCAGAGUCGACAUGUACGCCUGGGUCCUGCAGUCUGGAUGCCGUUGCGUAGAAGUUGACUGUUGGGAUGGGCCCGACGGUGAGCCGAUUGUCCACCAUGGUUACACGCUGACCUCCAAAAUCCUUUUUAAAGAUGUGAUCGAGACCAUCAACAAAUAUGCCUUCAUCAAGAGCGAGUACCCUGUCAUUUUGUCAAUUGAAAACCAUUGCAGUGUUACCCAGCAGAAAAAGAUGGCCCAGUAUCUGAUUGAAAUCCUGGGGGACAAGCUGGACCUGUCUUCAAUGAGCAAUGAAGAUCUCACCAAACUGCCUUCCCCGGAGAGUCUUAAAGGGAAAAUAUUAGUUAAGGGGAAGAAGCUUCCAGCCAACAUUAGCGAGGAUGCAGAGGAAGGCGAAGUGUCUGACGAGGACAGUGCUGAUGAGAUUGAUGAUGACUGUAAACUAAUGAAUGGAGAUGCCUCCACCAAUCGGAAGCGAGUGGAAAACAUUGCAAAGAAGAAGCUGGACUCUCUGAUCAAGGAAUCCAAAAUCCGGGAUUGUGAGGACCCGAACAACUUUGCAGUGACCACCCUGACGCCCUCUGGGAAACUUUCCAACAAGCUUGAUCUCAAGAAGAACAAACAUGAGGAGGAUGUGGAAUCCGCGGAAGACGCUGUCACCAACAAACGGCACAACCGAUCACUGAUGGGGAGCUUUUCCAAACGCAAGAAAAAAGGAAGCAAGCUCAAAAGGGCAUCCAGUCUGGAAGAGGGUGAGGACGACCUUGACAGUCAAGGGAACCUAGCCAGAGGCACAGUGCAUUACAGCAAAACAAACCGUCAGAAGAAAACCAUGAAAUUAUCCCGGGCUCUCUCGGACCUUGUGAAAUACACCAAAUCUGUUGGGAUCCAUGAUGUUGAAUCUGAAAUCUCUUCCAGUUGGCAAGUUUCAUCUUUCAGUGAAACGAAAGCUCACCAAAUCCUCCAGCAAAAACCAGCCCAAUAUCUGCGCUUCAACCAACACCAGCUGUCCCGAAUUUAUCCUUCCUCUUAUCGUGUGGACUCCAGUAAUUACAACCCUCAGCCCUUCUGGAAUGCUGGCUGCCAAUUAGUUGCGCUAAACUACCAGUCAGAGGGGAGAAUGCUUCAGCUGAACCGCGCCAAGUUCAAUGCCAAUGGAAACUGUGGCUACGUUCUCAAACCCAAGUGUAUGUGUCAAGGGAUCUUCAACCCAAAUUCUGAAGAUCCGCUGCUUGGCCAGAUGAAGAAGCAGCUUGUAUUAAGAAUCAUCAGCGGACAGCAGCUCCCAAAGCCCCGGGAUUCCAUGCUCGGAGACAGAGGCGAGAUUAUAGAUCCAUUUGUGGAAGUGGAGGUAAUCGGAUUGCCCGUGGACUGCUGUAAGGAGCAGACAAGAGUUGUUGAUGACAAUGGCUUCAACCCAAUGUGGGAAGAAACGCUGGUGUUCACUAUCUGCAUGCCAGAGAUUGUACUGAUUCGCUUCCUGGUGUGGGAUCAUGAUCCCAUCGGGAGGGAUUUUAUCGGACAGAGGACAAUAGCGUUUACAAGCAUGAUGCCAGGCUAUCGGCACGUCUACCUGGAAGGCAUGGAGGAGGCGUCCAUCUUUGUGCAUGUAGCUAUCAAUGACAUAUGUGGUAAGGUCAAGCAAGCUCUGGGCUUAAAAGGUCUGUUUCUCAGAAAUCCAAAGCAGGCCUCUCUCGACAGUCAUGCUGCUGGCCAGCUCCACCACAAACCCUCCUUUAGCAGCCAUCUUCUACGGCGGACGGCCAGCGCGCCCACCAAGACCCAGAAGAAAACCAGGAAGGGCUUUCCCGAGAUGGCAAUUGACACCAAACACAACAGCUCCGAAGGGGCCGGCGAGGCGGACCAUGAACUCCAGGACUUCUCCCAGCCCCGUUUUGACCAAGAGCCGGAACGGGCUUCCCCGGCGCCUUCUCUUAGAGAUGGUGUCAACAGGGAGGCUCAGAGCAAGGGGCUGAAAGGUAAGGCCCAAAGUUUUGGCAAAGGCCACGGCAGCCGAGGCCAUGCGCCCAGGGAUGCAACCUUCAGCGAGCCCGUCCGGAGGUCCAACCGGGUCCGCAUUCAGGAGCCGCCAAACGAGAAGCAGGGGGUCUUUGCCCGCUGCGCCAUCAAUGGAUCGGGUAGGAUUGGCAUGGCCACCAACUGCAUGAAAUGCAUGAUUGGCGCAGGGGAAAGCCCCGACCUAGAGUGCAAGUGGAGCGACCAUGCCACUGCUAGGCCCGCCUCUCACGACGCUCCGCACGGCACUCCGUAUAGCAGCUUGACGGGAGAUGAGGAGAGGCUAGAGCUCCAAAGUUGGGGGAUUCAAGAGCAGCCCAGGCCGCAGGCAGAGCUGCCCCUCUGCAGCGGCCACGGGGCUGCCGGUAGCCUUCCCAGGACAUGCCAGCCCUUUGGGACCUCUGGAAAGAAAGCCGGUGACUCUAAAUGUCAUGGGGUCAAAGGCCAUUCCCGGCCAAGAUGGCAGGGCCAGCCCGGUGGCAAAUACGGAAGCACUAUCCACUUGGUGACCGCCAGCAGUGGCUCCAUAUCCUCCAGCUCCAGUAGCUUGGAGAGCCUCAGAAGCCCCGAAUUCCCCAAACGUUGGUCCGAGAGCUCCAGGAAACAGGCGGGCACCCUGCAGAGGGAAAUGAAUGCCUUAUUUGCUGAAAAACUGGAGGAAAUUCGGAGUAAAUCUCCUAUAUUCUUUACUGAUGUCCGCCAAUUCUCAAUGCAGAGGUCAAUCCCUUCAUUAUGCAGCCUGGAGACCAUCAAUGAAGAACCCUUUGUUGCCAACGAGAACCAGCCCACCAGCUCUUGCUUUCCUCUGCCCACCACCCCUGCCAGUGAUCCCAAAGAAGGACCUGUGCCUAACUAUGACCAUGAAGCUGGUUCUGAUGGAGGUGACCUGUCAGAUCAUCUUGAGAGACUUCCUCUUCUGCAGCAGGCAGGAGCAGUUACAGAGGAGAAAAUGUUCCUUGCUCCCAGCCCAACCAUUACAAGUGUCCUGGGAUGGGAAGAUGUUCGGAAAAGCAGCGAAGAAGAAGAAGACAGGCAGGAUAGGGCCCCUGCCGUCACAGAUCGGACUGGUUCACAAACUCAGGACAAUGUAGCAUUGGCCAACCAUUGGCUCCGUUCUACCAGAACUUUCCAGAAGCAAAGAGAUGGGGUGGUUCAAGAAAUGAUGAAUGUUGAGAGAACCGAGAAGGAGGACAGCGCCGCAGCUGGGCAGCCACACCAAAGCGAAGUGAAAAGUAACACCCCACCAACUUCACCUCAAGAAUCUUCCCAAGUAAGUCAAGCUGCCACAGUCCCCACGUUCCACGUGAUAGCGAGGAGGUCCAAGAGUGAAGGGUACAAACUUUGCGACUGUUCCGUCAUAAUGAGGCAUCCCGGUGGCUCCUCCCCAGCAGCCGAAGUAUACUCAGAUGCCACCUUCAAUGACCGAAUCUGGAGCAAGCUGGACUCCAACAGUCACAGGGACAGCAUGUCUUCCUCUUCUAGCAUGUCCUCCAAUGACACAGUCAUCGAUCUCUCCAUGCCCAACCUUGCUCGGAAAAGCCUCCCAGACCUCGGGGCCCGGCAUGAGAAUGUUGAUGUCCUCCCUGAGAGAAGAGGUGUGCGCCCGUGGUCUGCAAAUGCCGCCUCUAGGCGUGAAACGCCCAUGGUGACCAAGAGCAAAUCCAACCCCAACUUGAGGGCCAGUCAAGCUGCAGAGGACGAGCUGUGCCCGAGACCACUCGCCAGAGGCCUUGAGUUAGGGUUAUCGUCCGUGCCCAGAAGACACACCUGGAGUCGGUUGUAUAUGGAAAGCCUCAAGCAGUCUUGCCUGAAAUCCAAAGACCAGGAGUAUGCCGAAUCCAGCCCGGCCAAGUCGAAAAGCCUUGGCGACCUGACCUCGGAUGACAUCGCGUGCACCUUUGAGAGCAAGUACCGCAGCAUCAGCCGGAGCUUCAUCACCCGCUCCAUGCGGGAGCAGCGCCGCUGCACAACCUCCAGACCCUCCGCUAAGCCCCUGGAUGCCCUAGCGGAGCGCCUGAAGAAGCUGACCACUUUCCAGCAGGAGGGCGACAUCACUUCCCCCACCAGCCUCGAGCCAAACGAGUCUGAGGAGGAAGAGGAAGGGGUGGGCCUCCUCCGGCGCUCUUCGUCCAGGAGCCAGAGCAGGGUGAGGUACAUUGCCAACCGGGCCAAGCAGGCCCAGGAGCGGCAGCGGCUGAAGAGCUUGGCUCUGAGCAAGGGGAGUCCCAUCGAGGAGAGGGGGAACCCCGAAGGGGCUUGCUGCUUGCCUGGAGGGGCCUGCAUGGACACGGCCUCCCCCAGUCUGUUUACAUCCCAACUCAAGAACCCAACUGACUUGAACCGUGACGCCGAAGUCGUCUUUCUAUUCAAACUCUAACGCUGGGAAGGGCUGAACAAGAUUGAUGUUUACAUUCCUGUCGGAGCAAAACCAACAAAACAAAACCACACUUUUUUUAAGAAAAGAAAGAAAAACGCACAUGAUGCAGAAUACCCUUGUUCAAGGCUAGUGCUUCCUCCUCCUCCUCCUCUUCCCAACCUCUAAAGGACAAUGUAUGUGUGUGAAAUACUAUUAAUCCUAAUAAUAAUGCAACCUGUAGCAUGCAAUAGGGGGAAAUGGGCAAGCAGAAUUUUCCUGGGGGAGGGAACAGAUCCUGAGAAGAUUCCCCCACCCUCCAUGUUCCAAGCAUGGCCAAGGAGCUGCACGACCAUUCUAGCUUCCUCUUUGUGGCCUCGUUUUCUUGGACUACAAUCCUGGUGAGUCCCCAACAGAUGACUCAGGCGGAGCUGCCCUCCGGAGCUGCCUUGACUUUCUCACUGAAGCGGCUUCAGUUCUGGAAGGCAACGCAGCAUUUGGAUGGUGGGAAAGUCCCGAGGCUUGUUUGAGGAGGGGCAAACCCUCGUUUCUAGGAAAGCUGGGAGUGGUACGAUCCAGGAGUCGUUGCCGUUGGCCAUGAGCACAGACAUUUUGUUUAUCCCACUGUAAUCCCGACCGUUUUGUCUCGUCAGGGUUUUCAGGGCUUUGAACCACUACAAAAGCAUUUAAUGAAAUCUGUCCAUCUCCGCAUAGCCUCACCCACAAGUGCUUUUCUGAGCUGAUUUCUGUUGAAACUUGGCCAAGGAGAAAUGGGUGAGGUGGGGUGGGGGACGGACUUUGGGUUAGUACGGAGCAGGCAGGUCUCCUCACCUGGAGCCACCCCCUCCUCUUUGCUUGAAAAUUCAGAGCCCCGCGUCAACUUAAUAUGCGAGUCUGUUGCCGUUGCAUUUAGUCUGGACUUCAGUUUUGUUUUGGCAGUCCUUUCUUUGGCCUUGAUCACAACCCGCCCAGCCUCUCCUAUUCCACAAUGACACCCUUGUUUGCCAACAGACUUGCCAGUGUAUUCCAGAACAGUGCGCGUGGACAUCAGAAGUCACCCCAGUUCGGGGGCUAAAUUUUUCACAGAGCAGGCAAAACAAGUUUCUGCUGUAAUAUUAAGCUCCAUCACACCGGGGGUUAACACGCUCCCUACCUUCGCUUCUCCGCCCGUGUUUUUGUUCCUCAGUUACUUCCUCUUUCAAAAGAGGAAGUAUACAAUGAGCACGAGGCCCAUUGAGUCCACUGUUCUAAUGGCGCUGCUUCUCCUGCACACAGCAGGAGAGAGCAGCAAUUCCGAGUUUUAA